AUGGCAGUAGAAGAAUGUUUAAGACGGCGCAUAAUGUUCGACGAACUCGAAAUCGACAACAACUCGUACACGACUACCAAAGAAUCCGGAUUCACGAUCACAUUCAAAUUCAUAUUGAAACACGUGGUAGAAGAAUGGAAUGUGUCUAACGAUUCAUCCAGCCCGAUAAGGUAUUUAGGGCAGGUCACCGAUCCGGAGAUCGUGACCUACGUAAAGAUUAAAAAAGAUCAAAUCUUCCACCACAGACAUGCCUCAAAAUUCGUCGGAGAUAAGCUGAAUCAUUGGAACUUCUGUAGGAACCACCGCGCGAUGGUAGUCACGUUUGCAUUACUAAAAGCUAAUAGAGCAAUUAAGUCCUUGAGUGAUGAUUCGACAUGGAAUGCUGUCGAGAUUCGAUGUCCUGUGACCAUGAUGCACCAUCAUUAUCUUUACGAAGUUACCAAUGGUGCCGGCAUGGUUCCUGCAAAAGAGUCGUCGAUAGAGAUGUUGAGACGUGUGGCGAAUUUGGGGAAUUCUGAAGAGAUUUGCACUGUUUGCUUGAAAGAGAUGACCGGAGAAUGUGAGGCUUUGGCGAUGCCUUGUGGACAUGUUUUUCACGAAGAUUGCAUCAAAGAGUGGCUGGGGAUAAGCCAUUAUUGCCCUUUGUGUCGUCACGAGUUACCGACGGAUGAUUAG